ACCAAUUUGCCGUUAAUUUCGAAGCGAUAGUCUAGGAACCCUGUUUGGAAUACAUAUUAAUAGCAAGAAAUCUAAAUAGGCAAGUUUUUCUCAGAUGAAAUCAAAAGGAGUGAGGUGUCAGUCAUGAAACACAUGUAGGAUUAAAGGACAACUUUUGUGCAAUUUUUGUUGUCAAUAGGAUUUUUCAAGUAAAGGAAAGUUUCCGACGAUUGUCCAGAUUGGGGAAAGAAGAACAAUGGCUGUGAAGUUAAGGUGGAAUAUGACACGUUGUAUGUGUUUAUCUGCAAUAUUUCUAUUAGCAACAUUACAACUAACAAUUGGCCUCACUUUGCCUAAGAUCAAUGUGCCUUCUAAUGCCUUGCCAGGAUUCAGAGUGACUGAAGUAAAGAAAGAUGGGCAAAGUUCAGAACUUCUUUCAGACUCAGAUAUUCACAAUCUGUUCCAGAUAGCUGAAAAUGGUGCUUUGGAAGUCAAGAACUCCUUGAAGCACCUGGCGAAUAGUGACAUUGCUCUCAAAAUUAGACACACAUUAAGAGAUCGAUCAUGGGACGACCUCUUGAAUAUGUAUGUUGAGGACUCUUCUCUUGAGUUUAUAAAGAAGUCGUAUAGAGGAUAUGUCCUCGAGAGUGAUGAAGCAAACCAAGAAGUUGUGGGCCUGGAUGAUCUCCAGGUGAAUUCCACAAAACCUAUAUCAUACCAGCUAGCUGGAGAGGAUAGUGAUGAUUUCAGGCUUCAAGUCGGCCCUGAAGGCAGAGUUCACAUCUUCACCAAAGCUCCCAUCGACAUGGAUACAACUUCACAAUAUCAUCUGGAAAUGGUGGCUUCAGAUCUAGAUCUUUCCAAAGCUACUGCAGAGCUUCUUAUUGAUGUAGUCACAGCGAACAACCAGGUACCACCCUUAGUGAAGGAGUCAACCAACCAGUUUCAUGCAUAUGGGAAUGAUAUGUUGUUUCCUCCUGCUGAGCCUGUGGAAAUGGUCCAUGUUCGUGUCCAACGUGACGUCCUUCCUGGAGAAUCUGUAGAUCUUCCAGAGUCCACAGAAGUGGAUGUUGUUGUCCACACCAUAACCGUAGUUGGUACUGAUCUGCGUUAUGCCAUGGGAUCUCCUGCCAAUGAGAAGUUCUCCAUCGAUGAGAUGUCUGGAGAAAUUAGGCUGUUGGAAACCAUAAAUUAUGAAUCUUACGCCAUUCCUCAGGAAAUAGUUAACGUGGUGAUAACAAAUGCUUCUCAUUCAGAAGUAAGUGACACUCUGGUAGUGACCUUUGACAUCCAGGAUGCCGAUGACCCUCCAGUGUGGACCAUGCCGGUCUAUCCCUACAUCACUGUGGUGCCUACCGAUGCCCCUAAUCAGGCUUGUAUCUACAGGCUUCAAGCCUCGGACGAGGACCCAGGAAGUGAAAUUACAUUCUCCUUGGUGGCAGGUGACAGUGGUGCUUUCUCAGUGGGUGAAACGGAUGGCUGCAUCAACACGGUCGUCAAUGCACAGAAUCCUAACUAUGAGGAUGGAAGAGAAUAUGUCCUCAGUGUCAGGGCAACAGGCACAAGCAAUGAUUUCGUUGGAGCAGUUGAUGGAACUGUCUUCGUUUUUGGUGGGUCACAUCCACCCCAGUUCAGCCAAGAGGAAUACUCUGCUUCUGUACGGGAGGCUCAGAAUAAUCAGAUGGUUAUCCAAGUAGAAGCCUCGUCUUUCUCACGAAACGUUCCCGUAACCUACUCCAUCGUUGGCCCUGAAAACCGGCCUAGCCAUACGAUCAACGCCGACAGUGGCGUUAUCACUCUGACAGAGGCGGUACUGGUAGAGGAUAUGCAGUCCUACUUCCUGAUUGUCAGAGCAACGGAACAGGGAGGCAACCAACUCUCAUCAGAUGUUCGAGUCAAUGUAAUGAUUGAGGACAUUAAUAAUUGUGUCCCUACCUUUGGACAAGAGAUUUUGAGUUUCAAUGAUGUUAGCGAAACAACAGCUAUAGGAGAACCCGUUGGGGAAGUUACUGCUACUGACUGUGAUGUAGGCGUGAAUGCAGAAUUGACGUACUCAAUCACGACACCCAACAGCGGCUUCACCAUCGGCCCCGACGACGGGGUCAUCUCCCCAGCUGUCAUCUUAGACUAUGAGGAAGGAGAGCGUUACUACACCUUCGUGGUUGCAGCCACCGAUGGGGGGUCCCCUCCGACUUCCGGCACCGCCACCGUCGUCAUCUCCAUUGCCAACGCGGAAGAGGCUCCUUACUUCACACCUACCUCUUACUCAUUCAGAGUGGAUGAAACUGCACAGGUCGGCUAUGAAGUGGGGACAGUGUAUGCGAGUGAUGAUGACGUGGGCGACAGUUUGACACUAGACAUUCCCGAUGGAGGUGGCCCCUUUGACAUUAACGAUUCUGGGGUUAUAUCCAUGAUUGCAGCAGCAACAGAUUCAAGUUAUACAUUUGAGGUUGUGGCUACGGAUCAGACAGGCAACUCUGCCAUGGCAUCUGUUCAAGUUUCUUUCACCGAUCUCAAUGACAAUAUCCCAACAUUUCCAAAUUGUGGAAGUUAUUCAGGUACAGUGGCUGAAGAUGCUGCCAUUGACACAUCUAUCAUAACGGUAUCGGCUUCUGACCUUGAUCAAGGAUCAAAUGCUGAGAUCACUUAUCAACUUGCUUCUAACACUGAUGCAAACCAGGUAUUCAAAGUAGAUCAGGAUGGGCUGAUAACCACAAAGAAAUUGUUAGAUCGCGAGGAUACUUCAUCGUUUGUUGUGACCGUUGAAGCGGAGGACGGUGGUAACCCAUCUCUCACAGGGUUCUGUACAUUCUCCGUGGUGGUGACAGACGUGGAUGACAACUACCCCGAAUUUCCUUUUACUGAUUAUAAAGCUUCAGUAUUAAGCGAUGCUCCAUCGAAUUCUGAGGUGGUUUCGGUGCCAGCCGACGAUCUUGAUUCAUCUUCCACCCUGCAAUACGACCUUGCUAGUAGUCAGGAAGAAUGCAGGAGGUACUUCACCAUGUCUCCUGCAGAUCCAGUCAUCAUUACAAGAGGUGAUUUGUCAGCCAUCUCUGGAAAUGAUGUCAGUUGCAUAGUGACGGCAAGCGAUACUCUCCGUGAGUCCAGGGUUGAUGUAGAUAUCUUUGUAAGAAGCCCAGAUGACACCACCUACCAAGUGCCAACCUUCAGCAAUACACCGUAUCAAGUCACCAUCAAUGAAAACACAACGAUAGGUGAUGUCAUCCUUCUUGUAUCUGUAGACGGAGCACAGGAGGUUGGUUUUGACAUCGUUCGUGGGUCACGUCCUUCUACCAACUCUGAUGGAACAUUUACCUUGACUACGCGUGAUGAUAACUUGCAGAGUGACUUAACCUUGGUAGAGAAGCUGGACUUUGAAGCUGUUCAGGAAUAUGAAUUAUUAGUAACGGCCCAGUAUGUUGGAGUAGGUCAAGAAUUCAUAGCACAGACUACUGUGACCGUCACGAUUGAAGACUUUAAUGACGUGGCACCAAAGUUUCCUGCCGUCACAUUUUAUGGAAACAUUGCCGAAAACCAGCCCGUAUCGAAUUCGGACCCUAUCAUCACACUGCAAGCAACGGAUGGAGAUGUAACUCCAGAAUUUAGCCAGAUAUCAUAUAGUUUUGUUAACGCAGAGUCAGACUUCAGCAUUGAUGAGGAUACAGGAGAGAUCUUUGCUUUAAAGGUUUUUGAUCGGGAAGCCAUUGAAGAUAGUAGUAUUGCCCUCACAGUGCGUGCAUCAGACGGUGUUAAUCAAGAUCUUGCUACAGUCUUCAUCACCAUAGUCGAUGAGAAUGACAAUGAACCAGAAUUUAAUGGAACCUUUAGCUUUGAUGUUCUUGAAGAUGUAGGGAUGGGUUACGAUAUUGGCACAGUAACAGCCACAGAUGAUGAUAUCUCCGAGGUAUUGGAGUAUUUUAUCAGCGGAGGAAAUGAGGGUGGUGCCUUUACAGUGGACGCAGAGGAAGGUACCAUCCGCAAGGCAGGUGUUCUGGACUACGAGGCAAGGACAUCUUAUGAAUUGCAGUACAGUGUCAACGAUGGUAAAAACGUUGCUACCACUACCGUUACAAUCAAUGUCCUCAAUGUCAACGACGUGGCUCCACAGUUUGAUCAGUCUGCCUACUCUGCUAGUGUGAUUGAGGAAGAUGACUCUAAUCUACCAAGAAUCUUGCUGUCGGUUGCUGCCACUGAUGGAGAUGCUGAUGCAGUAGACGAUGCAGUAGUGUAUGGUUUGGUAGGGACUGGGGCAGGAACCAUAUUUACAAUCGACAGUCAGACUGGCAAUAUUACCCUAACUCAAGCACUGGACCGCGAGGAGAUUCCCACGUACAACCUGGCUGCAGUGGCUACCGAUGACAAUGGAAACGGACUUACCAGCUACGUCGAUGUCACCAUCGAAGUGGAAGACAUCAAUGAUAAUGCCCCAGUCUUCCCCGAUCAGGAAUACGUGGGAAGUGUAGAAGAAAACCGCCCGCCAAAUACCCCUGUAGUUGCUGUGGUUGCGGAGGAUCCAGACACAGCAGAUGACCUGAUGUACUCUUUCCCCACUCCGAGUCCCGACUUCAACAUCAACAGCCAAACUGGACAAAUCACCACCGCAAGACAGUUUGACAGGGAGACCCCUCCUUCCGAGUAUGAAAUAGAGGUCCAAGCAACCGAUGGCGUUAACACAGCUAGUACAACGGUCACCAUCAGCAUCGAUGAUGUGGACGAUAACAAGCCCUCUUUCUCUGAGGAUGUAUACCCUGAUGCCUCUGUCCUGGAGACGGAACCCAUUGGGACAACCAUCACAACCGUCCAAGCUAUCGAUCCUGACGUCGACUUCAGAGACGCAGUAGAGUUUUCAAUCAACAGCGGAGACCCCGAUGAGCUAUUUAGGAUCGUUGCAGAUGCUGCCACGCUUCAAGGUCUCAUUCAAGUCAAUAAAGAGCUAGAUUUCGAAACAUUGGCUACCAACGAAUUCACGUUGACCGUUGCUGUUACGGAUUCUCAGGGACCUACAGACUCUGGCCGCCCUGAGACUGCAAUCGUCAAGAUCAUUGUGGAAAAUGCCAAUGACCUUGCUCCAGUAUUUGAUCAAGAUGUUUACGAUGGAGACGUGUCAGAAGAUGCUGCCAUCAACUCACAAGUAGGAACCUUCACCUUCUCUGCAACCGAUGGCGAUGAACCAGGUGCAACGUUGAAUUAUAUUAUUGACCCCACCACUGAUCCAGAUGGCCAGUUUGCCAUCAAUGAAAAUCAACAGCUCAUCGUUGCUUCUCCCCUCGAUAGAGAGACGGUAGCCAGUUACGAGCUCAAAGUAUAUGCUGUUGAUAAUGGUGAGCCUCCGAUGUCGGGUACUGCGACCGUUGCCGUAACCGUUACGGACGUGAAUGACACGCCCCCUCGUUUCGCGCAAGACUACAACCCAUCGGUUGAGGAGGGCCCCAUUGAGGCUAACGUGGAAGUGGUGAGUGUCGAAGCUGUAGAUGAUGAUGACCCACCAUCUGGACCACCUUUCCUAUACAACGUGGCACCGCAACCCAAUGACUGGACUACCUUCUUUGAUAUAGAGGGACUGGGAACCUCUACCAGCGGAAGCAUCAGAGUAAGCACAACGGGGUUGGAGAUCGACCGUGAAACGCAUCCAUAUUUUGAUAUCGUAUUCCUGAUCGCAGAAGUGGGCACACCAGAAGCAUUGACCGGUACCCAGACGUUGACCAUAAUGAUCUCUGACGUCAAUGACAAUCCACAUGUAGCGAUCACCAAGGAUAUCCUGGUGUAUAGUUAUGAAGGUGAAACCCCUGAGGUAUCCCUUGGUAACAUUCCAACGACAGAGGUUGGAAAGGUUGGGGUAGAAGACCCCGAUAUUUUAGAGGACAAGACUUAUGAAGCAGUGGGAGAAUUACCAGAUUUCUUUCAACUGGAUUCAGACACUGGUGAUAUCACCAUGGCGGAAGGCACCCCAGCUGGGGUCUAUGAAAUGGAUAUCCGUGUAAGUGAUGAUGGCACAUAUGAAUCUGUCGUCUCAACAGUUAUAGUGACCGUCAAGGAUAUCCCACGGGAGGCUGUCUUCAGUUCAGGGUCCAUCCGCUUCUCGGGUACUACAGCGGAGGAGUUGAUAACUCCUGACUCGGAAGGUGUCAGCAAUCUUGACAGGCUCAAAGUCAUCCUUGCCAAUGCCGUUGGAGCUCAACUGGCCAACUUUGAUAUCUUCAGCGUGUUGAAUGUGGUCGGUAUGGAAAGGACUGUUGAUAUCCGCUAUGCUGCCCAUGGAUCACCCUACUAUCCUGCAGACCAACUUGAUCUGGCUGCUCUGUCUGUAUCUAAUGAGAUUGAAGAGUUAGGCUUAAGCAUUGCCCAGAUCCCUGUUGACCUGUGUGUGAAGGAGAACGUCUGUGAGUCAUCCUGCACAAAUGUUCUGGUAGUGGACCCUACACCAACUGUGGUGGACUCUGGCACGGCUUCACUUGUAGCGAUUACAUCGGUACUGGAAGCGCAGUGCAUAUGCGGUGCAAGGACAGUUACUCCUGGAAACUGUGAUUCUGAUCCCUGUCUUAAUGGAGGCACAUGCGAGGAUGUCCAUGGUGGCACAUACAGAUGCACGUGUCCUUACCUGUUUGAUGGGCCCAACUGCCAGCAGACCAAGCGUAGCUUUGAGAACGGCUAUGCAUCCUUCUCCACCUUGCGACAAUGUGAAGAGACCAGCCUCUCCAUCGAGUUCAUCACUGAGGUUUCCAGUGGCACCCUGCUCUACAACGGUCCCAUUUUUACGCCAACGGGUGAUGAUCCAAUCGAUAUGAUCCUUCUGGAGCUGAUAGGUGGCAAGGCCAGGCUCACUAUCAACCUUGGGUCCACUGAUUCUACUGAUGAUAACUUGGUAUUAGAGGCUCCUACUGAUGAUACCCAGUUGAAUGACAAUGAGUGGCACCGAAUCGAUGUAUACCGUAAUGGGAGGUUUGUUGAGAUGACAGUAGACAGAUGUAUGGGUGUGUUCUUCGCAGAAACCUCAUCCUCAUCAACACUGGAUACCUCUAGCUGUCGAGUCAAUGGAACAACACCCGGCGAAAACAACUUAAGGUUCUUAAAUGUGCACACGCCUCUUUUCUUGGGAGGUAUGAGUGCGGACUAUGACGUGACCGUUCCGAGUGGAUUUGAUGGCUGCAUCAAGAAUCUGGUCUCGGACGGUUUCCUGUAUGACCUCGGCACACCUGGUACAUCUUCCAAGAGUGAGGCAGGAUGCCCUCGUACUGAUGGCCAGUGCACAGAUGAUAAUGGCAUGCCUGUUUGUAACAAUGGCACCUGUGAAGCUGAUAUCGACUCUUUCAUCUGUAUUUGUUUCCCUGGAUUCAACGGACUAACCUGCGAUGUCGAGUUGACGCCAUAUGACUUCGCAAUAGAAAGUUACAUCACCUACGAGCUCUUGGACAGCUCCUUGUAUGACGAUGCACGAUCUUCCAACUACCAGAUCAUGGUGAGGACAAGACAAGAGAAUGGACUCAUCUGGUCAAUUUCCAGUGCUAACACAUACGAAUACAUCAGAAUGGAGAUGGUUCAAGGAGAACUCAAAGCUGACUGGCAUCUUGGAGAUAAGCCUGUAUCUGUCACCAUGGUCAACUUCAGCAUCAACGACGGAGCGUGGCACGCCAUUAACUUUGAUCGUUAUGACUCUGUGGUCACAAUCAAGAUCGAUGGAGGAGGCGGGGUCAAGGAGAUACAGAACAGAGAAAGUCAAUACUCUGGAUUGGACGUUGAUGAAAACUCACUGGUUAUUGGAGCAUUUGUGGAUGUUAAUACGGUGACAGAUGACUUCAUGGGUUGUAUGAAUGACCCCAGGAUAAACCAUAAUUUCCUGGGAAUGGAAGGCACUAAUGACUAUGCCGUAGCCACCAAGUCUGCAGGAGUGACGGAAGGCUGUCCCUCUGAUGUCUGUGACAGCGACCCUUGUCCUGGUAGCGUCCUUGUCUGCACAGAUUACUGGAGGUUCUAUGAAUGCUUAUGCCCUGAAGGCCAGGAGGAAGUGGAAGAUGAUCCAGACACCUGUAUGGCCAUCAUUGACUGCGUACCCAACCCUUGCGCCAAUGGAGGAACUUGCGUGGAGGGCGAUCCAACAGGUUACACCUGUGACUGUCCCAGUGGUUACUAUGGAGACAGAUGUGAAGCUGCGUUUGGUGAACAAGGAGCUAGUCUUGGUAUUACUCCUCUAGGCAUUAUCCUCAUGAUCCUCUGCAUCCUGCUUAUUAUCAUCCUCCUCCUUGGCUUAGUGCUCUACACUCAAAGACGGGAUCGCAAGUCUGCCCUUGCUUUUGCCAUUGAUCCGGAGGACGACAUCAGAGAGAACUUCAUCAAUUACGAUGAGGAAGGCGGAGGAGAGGAAGAUAAUGAUGCCUAUGAUCUCAGCACGUUGCGUAAGCCUGUGGAUGCUAUCAGUGCAGGUAGCAUAGAGAAGAAGCCGGUUGCCCCGGUUUCAGAGGUACCUGUCGGCAGACCUUCAGGUGUUGACCCCAAUGUCGGUGAUUUCAUCAAUGAUCGUCUUAAAGGAGCAAAUGAUGAUCCCGAAGGGCCACCUUACGAUGAGCCACACAUCUAUGACUACGAGGGUGACGGCUCCACGGCAGGUUCUCUCAGCUCCCUCAACAGCAGUAGCACAGACUCCGAGCAGAACUAUGACUACUUGAACGACUGGGGUCCACAGUUCAGGAAACUUGCCGAUAUGUAUGGCAGCUAGAAAGUGUUCUGCAGCAGCAUUUGAUAGUACUUGAUGUUUUAAACUCUCUCUCUGUAAUAAAUUGAUGAUGUUGUGAACCCUUUAGCACCUACACAGAAUGAGUAGAUUAUUAUUUAUAAGAAUGAGUCUGUGACAGUUAAUUUAUAAUUUCCUGAAAGUAAAUUUCUUCUGUAACUUAAUGAAAAUGAAUUAAUACUGGAAUUCAUGUAGGUAAAUAUCUAUGAAAAAAAUUGGGGGGAUUUCCGCCUAAACUUUUAAAAGUGACAGUUUGCUGAAAUUUGUGCUCAUGUCAAAUCUGUUACUGCUUUACAUUUGGUGCAAAGAAUGUGACUUUAAGGUACUAAAGGGUUUGUCUUGCAGGCUAUCUUAUGUUUAUUACUGUUAAAUGAAUGAUUGUAUACACAGUUAUUACAUCCAUGUGCAUUUUAGAGAGGGUCUAAGUGUUGAAAAGAUCUUUGUGUUGCCAUCCUUUGUUGAGAAUGAAUGUUGGUGAUAAUUGUUAUUUGUCUGUUGAUUGUAAUUGAGCGUUGAUAUUGUUAUUUAAUGAUUGAGGAAAAAUAAAGUAGAUUUAUCAAGUGUACAUAAAGAUUUGAAAACAUUCAGUAUAUUAAACUGGCAACAUUUCUCAGUGUGUGUGAAAUGAAUGUCUAAUUUAUAAUCAUUUUCCCCUCUCCACAGCACAGAAUUCCCCUUAUCAUGCAAAUAACAAUCUAUUUCUGUGAUGAAAUAGAAAUAAAUAUUUUGACAAGCAUUAAAUAUAAUUCCACAAGGAAUAGUCAAAUAGCUUACAUGAGGCAUUUCCAGUUUUUGAAGACACUAGAAAAACUUGAAUUCUACUCAUUCAACUGUAUAAGUUCGAUAGAACCUACAAUUUUUUUAAUGACAGAACAAGAAUGAUUGUUUUUAUCCUUUUUAAGAUUCAAGAUUCAUUUUAUAAGACAUGGAGGUUAAUUGGAUGUAUAUAGUUUUUAUUUCAGUACUGAUAUUCUAAAGUAUGUAUAGUUGCUUAGAAAGAAAGAAAUGAAGAAGCAAGAGCUCGGGCAGACUUGCAAUCUGUCUACUAAAUGUUUUUUUUUUAGAAAUGCAUGUGUGGAAUUUGAAUAUUUUGUCUGCAUGUGCCAUGCAUGCCAAUGUGUGUAAUUUGGAAUAUAUAGUACUAUAGUAGAUGGAAGGGGCUCACAGUACCCCUACAUUUUACUGUGAGAUUUGAAUCCACUAAAUCAUUGUAAAAGAUGCACAUAGUACGUUCUAUUGUUUCAUCAUGCACUGCAAUGUAUUGUAUGCUUCCUGGAACUUGGAGUCAAGUUUCUGCAAAACAAUCUAUGAGUAGGAGAUUGAUCAUCAAGUUACAUUCUCGUGAAAUUUGGAUUAGAUUACAUCAACAGGCAUGACUCAGAAUUUGUUUGAUAAUCAAACUCUUUUAUUUUGAGUUAUCUCGUAGGAGCUGAAGUAUUCAUAUGGAACAUAUCAGUUUGUCAGAAAAUAUUGUUUAGGUCAUAAAAAUUCAUGAAUCCAUGUUAAUAGUUUUAAUAUAAAUAUAAUGAUACUAUCAAUAAAUGCAUAAUUUGAUGGCUAUUAAACUAUUUUUGAUUAUGCUUUUAUUCUUGUCAUGGAAAUUUCACUUUUGUAUAUCUCAAAUAACUUGAUGAUGUUUUCAAAGUGUAUUUCAUGGCUUCAUUUACGUAUUAGGCCAUGCAACUCAUCAGUUUGUAUUCAUUUCUUCAUUUUUUAUUAGCUAUAUUUUUGGGGGGAUGGGUGGGGGAUCUUGUAUUACUAGUAUGCUUUCGCACCAUCAUCUAUGAUUUAAAUUUGUCAUGUAUAUUUAAAUACCUUUGCCAUAAACACAGGAAUUAUUUCUUUGAAGUUCAGUCUUCUUGUAAUUGUGUAAAGACAAGAUUACAUAAUCAUUGUUCUCAAAUUGUUUCUAUUUCAAUAUAGGAGCAGAAAUUAAUUAUUUCAAAACAGUAAAUGUAAGGCACGAUAUCAGUUGCUAUAUGUAGGGAAUAAUGAAAUUUGAUUUGAACCUUUUCUCAAAGAAUGAGUGCAGUGCCUUUUUAAAGCUUUUAAUUUGCAUGAUUACUAAAAUGUUGAAAAUAAAACCAAAUAUAGAUUUGCACUUAUGCUAAGGUACACAUGGCCAUUAUUGUAAAUAGGCAGCAGUAUUCAAGACAUGUUCACAAAAAACACUCUGUAUUCAAGGUAUCUUCUUUCAUUCAGCCAAAGGUAAACAAAUCGUUUUCACUUAUUCUAUUUCAUUUUUUAAAAAUAAUUUGUGAUUGACGGAAAUAGAAGUACUUAUAUUUGAUAUAGUUAAAAUGAUUUUGCAUGGAUGUGAUAAAUCAUAUUAUUCAUGUUUGUCACCCGUUGUAAUGACAUUUAUGAUGUUGUUAUCAUUUGCAACCAGGCUUUUUUAAUGUUUAUGACUGUAUUUAAUGAUUUUAUUUCAUCUGCACUUAAAAGGACCUGUCAUCAAAAUCGAUCCAAGAAUAUAAAAAUGGAUAUUAUGAAAGUUUCUGGAAAUACUGAUAACAAAGGUACAUGUAUAUUCCUAUAUGUUUGCCUAUGAAAAAGGAAGUGCUUUAUUUUAUAUUUUGAUGAAAACACACAUUAAACAGAAUAGCCAUACUUAUCCUGAUUAUGUGGAUAUUUUAAAAAAUGAAAGAGCAUUUUCUGUUUUUUUUUUUCUUUCAAGUACUUGUAUUUAUUAUUGUUCUCAAGGGAGGGGGGGGGGUGAAAAAUAUCAUUUUGGUGACUGGUCCUUUUUUCCUCCAGAUAUUGAGAUGAUUUUCUGAUUAUCUAUUUAAGUUUUAUGUAUAUAUUUUGUAUAAGAUAUUAUUCGACCACCAAAGCAAGUUUGAUAAAUAAGGAUGUAUACAAUAUCAAUCAUUAUGUGUUUCAUAUUUCUUUCCGCGUAUCAGCCAGUUUGACCAUCAUAGUUAAAAAAAAAAAGAGUCACAUUCUAGUUCUUCCUGUAGCAUCAGUAUUCUUGGCCCCAGUAACACACAGCUUAGUGUUUGAUUGUAGGCCUGAUUUUUACAAUUGAUUAUAUUGACCAUCAUGUACAAUCAAUCGUACCAAUCUAUUGUAAGAUCAAUCACUGAGCUUUGUGUUUCAAGCCACUGGUCAAAAAUCAUAGAAAUAUUUUGCAUAUGUGUGAUUGUGUAAAUAACACUAGUUUUAUGAUGUUUGUAAAUCGUAAAAUCUUGUAAAAGAAAUUUAACAGGUGUGAUGCUUUAUGUGUUGUAGGACUACAGCCUUGUUUUUUUUCCUUCCUUUUAUCUUUUAAAAUGCUUCAGAACUGUUUAAAUUAAUAUUUGUGUUAUAAAUUCACAAUUUAUGUCACCGUUGCAACCAGUAAGCUAUGAGAAAUCAAAUCUCACCAAGAAAAUACUUCCUUUGAAAUGCAGUUGGUCAGCAACACUUGUAUUUUAUAAUUAGUGUGAAAUUUGAUAAAGAACUUUACCCCCUCCACUCCUCAACAAGGAAAAAAAAAUCAUGUGUAUCAUGAAAAACAACUAAGCAUUCUGCAAAAUAUGGUUGCUUCACAUUUAAUAUGUUCUGAAACUUCAUGAAACAAAAUAGAAAGAUACAAUUUGUAAUAACUAGUUAUACUUAUUUCCAUACCUCCAAGAAAAAAUUAAUAAAAAAGAUUAUGAAAAAUUAUUAAAAAGAAAUAAUCUAGUUUAAGAGAGGAGUGGUUAAGUGUUACAGAGUUGUAAAAGGAAAUAAAAAAAACAUGAGUAUGAUUUGUUUGAUUAACUAUUAAUGAGCUGUACAUUAAGUAACAUGAAUCAAUACUGGUGUAGUUUGACAUUUUUAAAGUCUUCAUGCGAUUCUCAAAGUUGCAUAAAUUGUUGAGGUUUUUUUUAACAAAUAUUAUUAAGAUCUUUAUAUACCAGCACUAUGUAUUGAAUUUAUUUAUUGAUGCCCUUAUGGCUUUUUAAAAAGAUGAUAUCAGUACUUCUUCUGAGUCUGUAAUUAGGAACCAUCUACAGAAAAAAUCUUAUUGCUAAUUUCUAGACAAUUAUCUGUGUUUUGUUUUGAUAAGUUACUUUUAUUAUUCUCUGUCAAUGUCUUAAAUUGGGCUUUUCUGCUAGUGCAAAGCAUCUAAAUGGCGUAGUUGUAGAUAGCAAAUUUGCUGCUUGUUUUUACAUUUUUCAUGCAGGUUUGAAAUAAA